AUGCGUUUCAAAUGGGGCUUCCAAAUGUCUCCAAUAUCAUCAUCAAAAGCUUAUGUGGUUUCAGGAGAUCAAAAUCAAUCGACAACAAAAUUUCCCUGUCCAGGAUGUCCCAGUGUUUUUAGUCAAAAAUCAGGGCUUGUUUGUCAUCAACGUUUUGAAUGUGGUCAAAAACCACAUUUCAAAUGUCCCUAUUGUGAAUAUGUUUCUAAAAAAUCUAGUAAUAUUCAAAAACACGUUCGUCGAAAACAUCAAGGAUGUCCUGUUUCUUAUCUUUUUAUAUAAAAAUUAAAAAAAAAAAAUACUAAAA